UAAAAAUGAUGAGCUAGAAGGUGAAGGUCAUUCCACUACUAGAAAAUUAAAAAAUGCUGCAGACAAUGCAGAUUCUUUCGUUGGAGGAAUUGGGGAGAGUAAUGGUGUUGUUUCAACGAAAAAAGACAAAAAGAGGGAAAAAUAAUGCUCUGCAAAUAAGUGAUGGUGUUCCUACAGAUGAGCUUCCUAAAAAGAUGAAAAAAGACCAAUCUUCGAUAGAAAAAAAACAUAGUCAAAAUGUCAAGGAAAGCCAGUCUGUAAAAAAGAAGAAAAAUAAGAAAUCAGAGAAAGAACCAGGUGCUGUUAUUGAAGAAAUGUUACAAGUUAAUGGACAACAUGAAGAAACUAACAAUUUAGUGCAUCUGCAAGAAAAAAGUUCAAGCCCAAGUGAUGAAGUGAAUCAUUCUGUUAAAAAGAAGAAAAACGAGAAGAAUAAUAAGGAACCAGCGAAUGGUUCUGUCGUAGAGGAAACUACAUGCACGACAGCAGAAUCACCAAAAAAUCAUGUACAAAAAGAUGAUGAAUCUUUUGUUCUAGAUACUAAUUUCAGUCAAAGUAGCUUGAUGACUGAUUCUGUUAAAAAGACGAAAAACAAGAAAAAGAAAAAAGGCAAAGUUUCUGCAGUUGACGGUCCAACUACUUCAGAAGAAAAUAAUAAAGAUUUUACUUCAGAAAAACAAACUGCCAAGAUUGAAGAGGCUGAUCCAGGUUUGAAAACAAACACUGCAAAAGGAGAACCACAUAAAGAAGAAACAACAAAAGAACAUAAGGAAACCACAAUUAACAUUUCAUCUAAGAAGAGGAAAACUGGUUCAUCUGUCAGCAAUGUAGAAUUGACCAUGACCCCAAAGGUCAAAGAUCAUGGGAAGAAAUCCAAAGCAGUGACAACCCCUAAUUCAUUUGCUACAUUUGAAAAUGUCACCCCAACACCACCCCUGUUUGUCAGAAAAGCUGCAAGCAAAGUUAAGGAAACACCUAAGACAGAACCAAGGAAGGCUAAGCUUAACCUAGUGACCCCAGACAUGGAGGCCCCGGCGUCAGAAGGAAAGAAGAGGGUCAGUUUCAUCAUGAGCAGAAAUAUAGCACAAGAGUUCAAGGAGAGUUUGAAGCCCAGCCCAGCCCCAGCCUUCAACCCAGAGAAACUUCCUGAACAGGGCAUACUCAAGACACCCCCCUCAGGUGGCGCCAUCUACAAAAGGACAAGAUCAGCUGUCAAAGCAAAAAGGGCAAAGGCAGCCGAUUUCUUUUGAUUACUUUAUAUUUUCUGUCUGUUUCAGAAACUCUUGAAAGCUACUAGCCCUUCAGGCAAUCAGAUUGUAAAAGUGGACUAGUGGUAUUAUUUUUAGUUAAAACCUUUUUAUUUGCUCUUGCAUCAGGCUAAUGCCUAACCACACUGGCUGCAGUAUUUCCUAGUCAUCUCAUCACAAACAUUAUAAGAUUUACUAAUUUUUUUAAAACAUUUUUUCAUCUUUUUAUUAUUUAUUUUUUAGAUCAAGAGUAAUGAGUUAUGUAGUCUAUCAGUAUCUUCUUAUUCGGACCAAGUUUGAGAAAUGUGUUCUGACUCUUAAAUAACAUCCAUAUUGGAUACUAUUUGAGAGUCAGAAUAAAAAGUAUAUUGUCUGUUGUGUAUUAUCUUUAGUUGUAUGGAGACAGUUCCAUAACUGAUACCAAGCAGAAAUAAACAGCAUCAGCUGCUAAGUCAGCUGUUGAAUUAGGAUAUUGUAUUACCCUUGUAUAAGCAAUUGUGGUGCCUGGCCAGUGUUUUCCUAACUGUCAGAAUUUUUAUAUUGAAUGAAGCAUUAUUUUCUCUCUGUCAUAAAUGAUGGAUUUAUUCCAGGACAGGAUUAUUUCAUAUUCACAGUGUUUAAAGAAUUAUUUUCAAAUAUUUUGAAAUCAACUUCAUCAAGAUUAAAUGCCAUGAAAUACUGGUGUAGAUUGCAGUAAAAGCAGUUAAAAAUCCAUGUAAAUUAUAUUUUUGACAUAGAUUUUUUAAUAAGUUAAACACUCACUGAGAUAAAAUUAUGACUGCAUAAGAAAUAAAAUGAAUUUCAACAUG